AUGAUCAAUCGGGAUAGUACCGUACCAACGUCAAAGACGACGUCGUCUCAGGGGGAGGGGGGGUCGCUGGCGACCACGACCAGCGAUGGUAUGGACUUGGUAGUGGCCAAUGACAGCGAGGAGUGGUGGAACGCGACGGAGCCGAGCGGCCCGGACCUCUACAACUUCUGGGCCUGGAGCAUCGUGGACGGCGGGCUCAUGGUGCUCAUCAUCAGCGGGAACACGCUCACCGUGCUCGCCGUCACCAUGAGCCGCCGCCUGUCCUCGCUCGUCUCCAACCAGUUCGUGCUCAACCUGGCCGUGUCCGACCUCAUGGUGGGCCUCACGCUGCCCUACCACCUGGUGUUCUACCUCGACGACGACUUCGGCAAGAUCAAGUGGUCGUGCUUGAUGAGGUUCAUACUCAUUAUACUCGCCUGCCUCGCCUCCAUCUACAACAUCAUCGCCAUCGCUGUGGACAGAUACAUCGCCAUCGUGCACCCGCUGCACUACAGCCGGUACAUGACCAAGCUGGUGACUCGCCUCUUGAUGAGCACCACGUGGACGGUCGCCGUGUGCAUCAGCUGUAUACCCAUGUUUUGGAACGAUUGGCACAGCGGCGUCAGUUGCGAAAUGAAUGUCGUGGUCCCUAAGAAGUACACAACGAGCAUCCUGGCUCCGAUGUUCUCUCUCAUCUGGAUGGUCAUGUUCGUGCUGUACUGGAGGAUAUGGAGGGAGGCCACCUGCCACGCGCGGAGGAUGAGGGCCAACACCUGCUGCCCCUCCAGCGCUAAUGACUGGAAGAGCAUCCAGGUAGUGCUCCUCGUCCUCGGUUCCUUCUCUAUCUGUUGGAUGCCGUUCGUGGUGGUGUCGUGCGCACAGACGUUACCCAUCGUGGGGCUCCACAACCCUAUAGUGUACCGCCUGACGUCAUCCCUCGCCAUGUCUAACUCAGGAAUAAACCCCAUCAUAUACGCGUGGAAGAAUGCCGGAUUCCGAGCAGCAUUUUCGAAGCUAUUGCGCUGCAAGCGUCCCGACACCUCCGAAUACAGGGGCUCCCCGGCUCCAGAGAGGAAGAGGGGUUCGGUGGCCCUCCGUGAGGGGUCCAUCACUCGGUCCACACCCGGCGGAGUGUCGACCAGCGGGGGAGGGAGACCGGCUCGGCUGAUUUAUGUGGAACGUGAGAGCGAUACGGCUCGGUGUCGCAUCAUCGAGAACGCCGGGUACAUAGACUCGGAGCGAGGGGACAGCAACCCCUCGUACGCGCCGGACGGACCCACGCCCGUCCACAAGCCCGGCACCCGCCCGCCAGACGUGGUGUAG